GGGACUCGCUUGUAUAAUAGGGCAACCAGUGGCACGGAGCUCAUGCUGCUGCUGUGCCUCCCCUCAUGUCCCAAUAUAGCAAUAACAGCAGAAGGCGGCCAUGCAUUAACAAGUCGAGAGCCUUUUACUGUUCGUAUAUUUGCAACUGUUGCGCUGACCAAAGUAAACACUGAUACAUUGUAAUGUUCUAUCAGCCUGUUGAAAAUGGGCUUGUUUUUAUAUAUCGCUGGAUCUGCCAUCCCCACCGAGGCCAGUGUCUAUGAGCAGGUACUUCACUGUGAGGGAGUGAAUAACAAAAGCUACGUGUGUGAGACGGGACACUGUUGUGGAGAGUCCCAGUGCUGUAGCUACUACUAUGAAAUUUGGUGGUUCUGGCUGGUGUGGGCCAUCAUCUUCAUCCUGAGCUGCUGCUGCGUGUGUCAUCACCGUCGCACCAAACACAGACUGCAACAGCAACAACGACAGCACGAGAUCAACCUCAUUGCCUACAGAGAGGUUCACAACAACACCUCUAUCCCCUUCUACUUCAGAUUCCUACCCAACUAUCUCCUUCCAGAAUAUGAGGAAGCGGUGCAUCGUCCUGCUACGCCCCCUCCCCCAUAUAGUGCCUUAAACACCGGACCUCCAGCCUACAUCAGCCCCUUAACCACUGACCAGCAGGAUACGCACUGCCCACCCAGACAGAUCACUCCAGUGCCCACUGCAUCUGACACGCUCUGUUCCAGACCCAGCCUAGAAGAGAUCCAUACCUCCAACGGGUACCACCACAAAGGCGACAGCAAGAGCGAGAUCGAGUUAGAGCAAAGCAGGUCCACGCGGAGUGCUCUUCCCUUAGAUCAGCCUCCCAGCGUGGACAAACAGAACGAGUGCAGGAAGGGGAUGCUCAGGAAUGUGGUGAUGCCUGAUGAGAACGAGAGGAUUCUGGCAAGGCACCGCAGAUUUACGGGGGACUCUGGGAUUGAGGUGUGCGUUUGUGGGGGAGGCUUGAAAAGCCAUGAACCCAAAGAAUUGGAGAGGCUUUUGAGCAAGGAGGACCAAGGGGACUCUGAGGAUUUCUGUGAGGAAUGUGGCCUCCAUUCCUUCGAAGAGGAAAAUCAGGGCCGUCUAUCCCCAGAAAACAGAGUGGAGUGUGGAGCAUCUCCGAUAGCCCAAUCUCAACCCCAUCCUGUUUUCCUCUACUUGCAUACUAUUAAUGAACAAGAGUGUCCACACAAUAACACACAAUCUUAAAGCUGAAUACUAAUUUAGAAAAAGCUGAAUGAGAUGGUGAAGGAAAAAGUGAGAUAUAGGGAGCAUACUGUUGGAAGUAUAUGAUGGAAACAAUUAGAUGUUAUCCGCAUCUUUGUUUUAUGUACAAAGCAUCUAUUUAUGCAGUUAAAAGCCCAAAAGUGCACAAGGAUAGGCUCUACUUGCUCCACGAGACAACGUAUCACAUGUGCUGCUGUAAUCGUGCGUUCAAAGUGGUCGGAGGCAAGAUGCCGUUGUGCCUUUUCUACACAAAAAUACAGCAAAAUGAUGAACAAAGAAUGCACAUUUUAUGAAGGUGCUGUAAACUGAAUCAUAAUUGUACAAUACUUUUGUACAUGCAACAUAGCUAGUUUUAGUUUUUCUCACUGACACGCCCCCAACUCAAUUCUGAGCUCAAAGAAAAUCCAGCUUCCCACUUUGUAAUUACGACUUUGUGCAUUCAUCUCAUAAAUAUGAUCUUUCAGACGAUGACUUAUAAGCAUCAUAAACCACAUCCACAGUGUAAAGAUGCGGUCACAUUUACCCUUGCUUGGUGAAAUUUCAUUUCAAUAGCAAUCUGUGUGAUCAGCAGUUUUCCGUAAGGGCGAAAAAGUUCCCCGCACAGAAUCUGCUUUUAUUCAAGUUGGUCAUGUGAAUUCGCUGUGUUCUCCUGCAGAAAGCUUGCUUUUAAAGUGACUUCACACAUCGCUACACUAUUGACAAUGGACCUUUUUUUGCCCAUGAAAAAAACUGUGCAGUCUUAGGAUUGAGACGCUAAAUACGCAAACACUAGUGUGCUGAACUAUCAGUUUUUUAGGACAGUCAGAGAGAAAUGUAAAUAUUGACGGAACACCAAAAAAAGACGCUUUUGAGGCCCCUGUCGACUUUCCCUAAUGUAAUGGGACAAAUUUUAACGGUGUUUAUUAAGUUUUUUGUUUUGCACAAUCACAUUGUUCUGAAUGAAACAUAUUCAAUUAAUUUGAAACACAAAGUAUUUACAUACCUACAGUCUUAAUUCACAUAUUGUCUGUGUUGUUUUUGCUGCUGUAAGCUCUGAUGAAUGUGUAUUCAGAACAAGUUUGAUUCGUAAAUCUAAGCUUUCAUAGCCAAAGUAGGCUAUAUAGAUGACAUGGGACAGUUGUUAGCAUUGGAGCUUGAAAGUGCUGCAUUAUUACUUGCCAUCAUUUUCUGAUUGCAUAGAAACACUACAUGUUGAAUGUUCCUUUGAACCUGUAGGGAUAGAAGCCUUGCCGAAGGGAGUUGUCUUUAGUACACAAACUGCUGGAAGUCAGGUCUUAUAGCUGCUUAUCCAUUGAUGUAAGCUACAAAGUAAAAUAACUAUUUUCUCAGUGAAACAUAUUUAAGUGAACUCCAAAGAUUAUAUAUUAACAUUUUGAUAUUUUUAAAAAUGAUAAUAUAGAUCAUUCUAUUUGUAAAACUUGUCUUGAUGAGAUUGAUGCUAUUGCCGACACAUGGGUACAUAAGGCUGUAAUUGGUGUAACAUGAAUUGCCUUUAUUCUUUUUGCACUCUGUUACAACCACUCUUAAAUGCAAUUCCCGUGCCAGUUGUCCAGUAUCAUCUUGGACAUCAGCCUAAUAGAAUAUAUAUUUUUAUGUAAAUACUUUUCUUCAUGAAAUCUCAAAAUCUGUGCCUUUUCAUUUUUACAUCAUGAACUUUGGUAACAAUUCAAAGUGCCUUGAUUUUCUGUUCGUAUGCAAACUAAUGAGCCAUACUUGUGUAAUUAUAAAAUGAUUUAUUUUUGUAUUUCUGCACCAAAGUAGCUUCAGUUUUAAGUUCCUCGACUGAAGCACUCUUAACAAAUAAUUUAUUUCACUGCCCUAAUGAAUGUUAUUAGUAGAGAGAUGUGCUGUUCUUACUGGUGUCUCUGUGAUGACAAUCUAAUGUUAGAGCUGUGCUUGGAGACAAAUACAUAUGAAUCAAUCUCUUUCUCUGAAAUAUUAAUAAGCUGCUAAUUUUCAAAAAAGUUAUAGAUACUCUGAAGCAUUGUGCAAACAUGAUAUGAAUAUGAUAUCAUUUUGUACAGCCUACAAU